GUGCGCUCCUCUUAACGCCCCGCGCAUCCUGCUCAUCCUCACCCUCCUCAUCCUCAUCCUGGUUAUCCUCCUCCUCCUCCUCCUCAUCAUCAUCAUCUCCAUCCCCAUCGCCGCCGCGGCGGUGUCCCGGAUCGCGCGGUGUUGAAGAGGAUUCCAGUCUGGUGACUCUUUCCUGAAGGAAUUCCAGUCUCCUGGGCCAUCACCUUCACCAAAAACCAUGGAGAAGUUCGUAUCAGACAAGCCUGUUCCUGUGUCAAAGAAUGGAAUCCCUACUCUUCCUCCCCAGAAGAAGCCAGAGACAAACUCGUGCCCUCAUGCAGCUGGCAAGUAUUGUCUCCCUGGUGGGGUGGAGAAUGAGAACUGCAAGAAUAAUGAGAAGGAAAGGCAGUGGAUCCGCCCUGAUACACCCAGCAAAUGCACGUGGAAGCUCGGGAAACCCCUCUCUGCCUCCCCACAUCAUCAUACCUCUCUGCCAGAGCCUCCAAAGAUCCUGCCAAACAUCCUGACUAAAGUUGGCAAUACACCUUUGGUGAGAAUCAACAAGAUUGGGAAGCACUUUGGACUCAAGUGUGAGCUCUUGGUCAAGUGCGAGUACUUCAAUGCCGGGGGCAGCGUCAAGGACCGCAUCAGCAUCAGGAUGGUGGAGGAUGCUGAGAAGGCUGGGAUCCUGAAGCCUGGGGACACAAUCAUAGAGCCAACCUCUGGAAACACAGGAAUUGGGCUGGCCUUGGCUGCGGCAGUGAAGGGUUACCGCUGUAUCAUCGUGAUGCCAGAGAAAAUGAGCAUGGAGAAGGUGGAUGUCCUGAGAGCUCUGGGCGCUGAGAUUGUGAGGACCCCAACUACUGCCAGAUUUGAUUCUCCUGAGUCUCACGUGGGAGUGGCGUGGAGGCUGAAGAACGAGAUCCCCAACGCACACAUCCUAGACCAGUACCGGAACCCCAGCAAUCCCCUGACACACUACGACACCACAGCUGAGGAGAUCCUGCAGCAGUGUGAUGGAAAGGUAGACAUGCUGGUGGCUACGGCUGGCACAGGAGGGACUAUCACUGGCGUCUCCAGAAAGCUAAAGGAGAAGUGUCCAGGCUGCAAAAUCAUAGGUGUGGAUCCUGAGGGCUCCAUCCUCGCUGCACCAGAAUCACUGAACAAGACUGACAAGACAACGUAUGAAGUGGAGGGAAUCGGAUAUGAUUUUGUCCCCACGGUGUUGGAUAGAUCUGCAGUGGACCAGUGGUACAAGAGCAAUGAUGAGGAGUCCUUUGCUUUGGCUCGCAUGCUGAUCCGAGAGGAGGGGCUGCUGUGCGGUGGCAGCUCAGGCAGCGCCAUGUCUGUGGCUGUGAAGGCAGCCAAGGAGCUGAAGGAGGGCCAGCGCUGUGUUGUCAUCUUACCUGACUCUAUCAGAAACUACAUGUCCAAGUUUUUGAGUGACAAAUGGAUGAUUCAGAAAGGGUUCAUGAAAGAAGAGGACCUUGGCAACAAACCCUGGUGGUGGAACAUCAGUGUUCAGGAGCUGAGCCUCUCUGCUCCCCUGACUGUGCUUCCAACUGUUACCUGUGCAAAGACUGUCGAAAUUCUCCGGGAGAAGGGAUUCGACCAGGUACCAGUUGUUGAUGAAUCUGGGGUGAUUUUGGGCAUGGUUACCCUGGGUAACAUGCUUUCCUCGCUGCUUGCUGGAAAAGUUCAGCCUUCUGAUGAAGUCAGAAAAGUAAUCUACAAGCAAUUUCAACAGAUUAACCUGAAAGACAACUUGGGGAAGCUCUCUCAUAUCCUGGAAAUAGACCACUUUGCUCUAGUGGUUCAUGAGCAGAUUCAGUAUCACACUGAUGGCGCCUCCAGCAAGAGGCAGAUGGUGUUUGGCAUCGUCACAGCCAUCGACCUGCUGAACUUCGUGACCGCACGAGAGCGGGAGAGGAAAUCCAACUAAGGCCAGCGUUUUGCAGUCUCCAACAAAGAAUCAGGUUUAUUUCUCGAGUAAAAUGGCCUUAAGUAGAAUGGUCUUAGGGGGUGUUUUUUGAUGUGUGUUUUGGUUUUUUGGUGUUUUUUUUUUGUUUGUUUUUUUUAUUUUUUAAUUCUGAAAAUAAGCAGUUAGCUAUCCCGGUGUCAGCUCUGCAGCCAGUGUGUCCUGCUGUAUUGCACAGCUUCCGGGGACUUGUUUCUUAAUCAGCUUACACAAUGUUUCUUAUCAAGACAAUUUUAUUUUUUUACAUAUAUAUAUAUAUAUAUGUGUAUACGUCUGUAAAAAAUAUUGCCUAAAUUAACUGGUGUGUCCCUUGUCACGUCUAAAGUCUGGCUUUCGAAAACAUUGAUUCAUAACAUGUGUUGAAAUAAAGAGUUCAUGAGGCAGAGGCUCCAGAGGGCUCUGGAAAGUUUCAGAUAAGUUUCUCCACGCAGAGGUGUUAAGGUAGAUGUUGCCUGAUUGUGGAGACAAAAAUGGGACCUGGGAGACAGGGAGAAGAAAGGAGGGUUUCCCUUUGGGUGGCAUCAGUGUAAAACAAGAGGAAAUCCUAGGGGCUGGAGUUGAGACUCGCUUCAGCCAUCUGCUUUUGAGGAAAAACUGGAUUGAGUAGAAACGCGGCAGUGAAGUGACAACCAUAAACUAGUGGGUUUGUUUUGCAUGGUGCACCAGCUUCCCCUGCCAAGACAGACCUAUUUUUUUUUUUCCAGUGGCACCCUGAUAAGUAAACACAAGUGGAAAGAUUUAAAAGGAUCAAGCUUCUUGCCUGAAGGCUUUUUUAAAUCGCACUGUUUCAUCUAUUAUCUUCCCCUUGCCUCUCCACCUCCUCAUUUUAAAGAGUAGCUUCUGUAGUUGUUCUUGACCUUCAUAAAGAUGAUGCCCUGAUCAUCAAGAGUGACAUUUUUCUUGGCUUGUCUCUCCACUCGAGUUAAAGAAAACCCAGUUGUUUAGGAUGGGGCUAUUGCUGGUAGGAUAGCAAAGUUGGCUUUGUUAAAAAAGAAACCAAACAAAAAAAAAAGAACCAAACCAAAAACUGAAAGGAGUUGUGAAUCAGCCAAGAGAAAACAAAGGGAUUAUUAAAAAAAUCACAGCUACUGAAGCACUCUACCUGGGUAAUGGAGGAGGGAGGUGAUCCAAAGGGAAGCCAGAGCUCAAAGCCAAAGAAGUGACACCAGGGAUCGUGUCCCCCUGCCAGCAGUGACAGCCUCGUUUGUUUUCUUGCUGCUUCUCUCUCACCUUAAAUUUGUGUAUGUUAUGAACUUUGCUGCAAUCAUAGAAAGCCUCAGACUGAUUUCUGAUUACUCCUUGGUGCCAUGCUGCUGAAUGCUGAGUUUAUUCUGCCCUUGUUCAAUUUAUUUCCUUAGACAUUGGCUACCCCUUCAGAAUAGGGCUAUUGCUGAAUUAACCUGACCCAUACUUACCCUUAACUGUAGUUUAACAAUUAAAUUCAUAUACCUCUCUAAGAUACAAGACAAUUUUUCUUAAGGCUCUGGAAUAAACUGAUAAAAAGUCUAAAAAUAUACAAGUUCAAUAAUAAUUGGUUCUAAAGUGUGGUUGAUUUCUUAAUUAUUUUUCCCCUUUCUGCUGUGCAGUGAUUUCUCUCUCACUGUUCCCCCUUACUGUGGAAGGCUGAGCUGUGAGUAUCAGUGUGUGUUACCUGCAUGUUAAAACCACUCUUUUCAAGCCUGUGUUAGCUUUUCUGGGCUGAACAGCUCUGUCCUACCUCUGUUGCUGCUUGGCAGAGCCUCAUAACUCAGCUUUCAAACUGUGUUUUUCAGCUACUUCACAGAGGGUCAUAAAUAACUUACAGCAGUUAAGGGCAGGGUGUUUGAUUCUGGAGCUUCUGGCAUCCUUUUUUCCCAGUGUUGAGGGUCUGUGUGAGUGGUCAGUUGUACCCCUGGAGACAUCAGUAUUUCAGCCAAGCUUCUAAACCCCUCUCCCAGUUACUUCAAAUACUGUUGCCAGAUGCAUUUCCAUGUCUAUCCUUCAUUCACAGGGAAGAUCAGGAGACUUAUUUCUUUGAUUACUUGUAUUUUUCACUUCAUCCUUUGAUUCCCACCCUGGAAAGAGAACCUGUGCACUUCACUAGAUGAUACAACCCAAAGUGUUUGCCGCAAUCGUAGCUGUCACUGCUGCUAAAUUUUGGCACUGUUGUUGCUUUUGAAUGUUUACUUUACUGACUUUUAUCUGAUUCUCGCCCUGCCUCCCCCCCAGAUUUUCCAUCUGACCUUUGCUGACGGCAGCAGGGAGGGAGGUGCUUGAGUAGUUGGGGUUUUUCCUUUUUCCCUGUAGAAGCUCCAUGUCCCAACCUAACUGAAUUCAGCAAGAAAUGUGAGGAAGGCAGAAGGAGGUUCCCAAAGUUGCUUUUCAGAACAGCACCACAAGAAGCAUGUUGGAGGUGGGCCAGAAAAUCAGUGGGCAAGAAAGAAGUGUGAAGGUUUGAGUCUGUUUUUAUUAGUUUACUGUUCAUACCUCAAUCUCAAUAGUGUAAUGAAAACAGGCAGUAUUGUGGACUGAGAAAUAAGGGGUGGUUAGAACUUGUAGGGCAGAGGGGAUGUGAGUCUAGAGCAAUCCAAAUAAGCCAAAGGAUCCAAGGAAAUCCACCUGCUCCCCUCUGCCCCUGUGGUUUGUUAAGAAGAGGGGCUAUCUCCUGUUCUACACUGGCACAAGGAGGAAAAGGCAGGCACCAGCCCCUCUUACUCACAGUAGCAACCCUGUCUGACCAGAGGAAUUGGGGAAGUAAAUGGAGUUGCUGAAUGACUGAAAAACUUUCCAGAGCUCUUUCCCCUAGCAGGGACGAAGGCAGCAAAGAGAAGGGGACAGGGAAUCCUGCAGGGCUGAAGUUCCCCUGCAAAACUUUGUAUAAGUGUGAUGCAUUUUUGCAUGUCUGAGAACCUCAUUGCUGGCCUGGUCCUGGUUGGUCAUGGUAGGGCUGCAUGAAACACUGGGCUCAUCUUUGUUUCAAGUGUUCUGAGGACCAAGAAAGACACUGCAGUUUGUUCAGUCUUUAACCUGAAGCUUAAGGCCAGAGCUUGAACAGAACUGUAUUAAUAAUUUUUUUUCUGAAGUGUGUGCCUUGCAUCUUCUGUUUACCUGUGCUGGUUAUGCAAGUGCUGACUAAACCUGAGAACUAUUUUGCACGUGGAUAUUUGUAUUUAUGCUGUAUUUGUGUGUCACUGUAAGAGAAUGUCAGUCCUUGUGGUCUAAUGCUGGCUCUGCGAUAAUGCUUUUAUUUUCUCACCUGAAGACAAUUAUCCAGUAAAAUCUGUACAAUAUUUUGCAAGCAGUUAUCAGGCAAUGACUCAAGGAUCAUGUUGAAGUUAUGUGCAGUGUUAUUUCCCACUUCUUGCACAAGCUGUGGCUGGCUCUAGAGCUCUGGCUCGCAGAGGUUCCUCUAAGCAGCCAGACCAGUCUCAUCUGCCCACCAAGCUCAUUUCUGAAAACUUCUGCUUGCUGUUACGAAUUCCACACAACACUCACUGUCAGGAGCUGCCUUGUCCCUGUCAUCCAGCAGCCUUUCUUACUGUGCAGCAUCAACACACCACUACGACAAAGGGAAGAAUUCUUAUGCUUUAAGGAGCUGGGGGAAAAAAAAAAAAAUCUAUACUUUGAGCUGUAUUUAUUGCACAAAUGUUCACAAACAUACAAUAAAAACCUGUUUGAUUGCAGAAUGA